CCGCGGCGACUGCGCGCGUCGUCGUUGUGUAACCGACUCCGCUCUCCGCCGAGCGAGACUCCUCCGCGAGACGGCCGCCGGACGACGGGUCGCGACCGUCCUCGUCCGGGCCGAGUCGCGCGCGACCAGUGAGACGGCCGUCGGACGCGCCCGAGGAAAAGGACCUCGGAGAGAGGGAGAGACGCGGAGUACCGAGUUACGUGCGCGUUUCCGGUGAGACCCCUCGCCGCGGCUUUCCGACGUCUCGAGAGCGGAGCGCGCGGCCAGCCGGACCUCGAGAUCGCCCUCGCCAGCGAAAUACUGCGGCUCCCUGGACAUUGGCGAGGAGAGGCAGCGCCUCGUCGCGAGGAUGGAGUCCCUGUGUCAGGUGAGCAAGAAGGACCCGGGCCGUAGCCAGGGGACCGGAAAAACGAGCGGCGACUACUCGGAGGCGCAGCAGCGACUGGCGGUGCUGAGCUUCGAGCAGGUGCGCCGACUCAACGACGUGAUGAACGAGGUGGUGAGCAUCCACGGCAGGGGCAACUUCCCGACCCUGGAGGUGCGGCUGCGGGACCUGGUGACGGUGGUGCGCGGCAAGCUGGAGGCCGACCCGGGCAGCGGCGGGGCCGGCAUGCGGGUGCGGGACAUCCGGCUGAACGGCGGCGCCGCCUCCCACGUCCUGGCGACCGAGUCGCAGCCCUACAACGACCUGGACCUCAUCUUCGCGGUCGAGCUCUCGAGCGGGCGCGACUACGACCGCGUGAAGGCGGCCGUCCUCGGCUCGCUCUUCGACCUGCUGCCCGAGGGCGUCAGUCGCAAGCGCAUCACCACCUGCAGCCUGAAGGAGGCCUACGUGGGGAAGAUGGUCAAGGUGAACAACGACGGGGACCGCUGGUCCCUGAUCUCCCUGGGCAACUCGCGGGGCCACCGGAACGUCGAGCUCAAGUUCGUCGACUCUAUGAGGCGGCAGUUCGAGUUCUCGGUCGACUCCUUCCAGAUCGUCCUGGACUCGCUGCUGCUCUUCUACGAGUGCAGCAAGCUGCCCAUCGGCGAGAACUUCUACCCGACCGUGGUCGGCGAGUCCGUCUACGGGGACUUCCGGGAGGCCCUCUACCACCUCCACAAGAAGCUGAUCUCGACGAGGCACCCGGAGGAGAUCCGGGGCGGCGGCCUGCUCAAGUACUGCAACCUCCUGGUCAAGAUGUACGAGCCCUCGCAGCCCGACUACAUCAAGACCCUCGAGCGGUACAUGUGCUCCCGGUUCUUCAUCGACUUCCCCGACAUCGGGCAGCAGCGGGCCAAGCUGGAGAACUACCUGUGGAACCACUUCGUCGGCCCCGAGGAGGAGGCCCUCAAGUACCGAUACUUGACGCUCCUGCACGGCGUCGUCGAGGAGUCGACGGUCUGUCUGAUGGGCCACGAGCGGCGGCAGACCCUGGGGCUCAUCGAGAGCCUGGCCUACCAGGUCCUGUGCCAGGAGCAGCAGCGGCUCUCGCAGGCCACCCCCGCCUCGGCCCCCGCCGCCCCGCCGCCUCCGCCCACCUACGUCUACGCCAACGGCUACUACUACGCGCCCGUCGUCCCCACCGCCUGCUACACCUGCACCACCUGCAACUCCUGGAUGGCCUGCUCCUCGUGAGGGGCCCCUCGAGCCCGAGGACCGAGGACCCGCGAGGACCCCCCGAGGCUCCGCUCGAGGUAGCCGCGAUGGGACCCGAGGACGGGGAAUCGCGUCGGUGGCCACGCGACACGGAAACACCCGCAUACACCCACGUACACACACACUCCCCGCGCAUACCCCCCGCCCACGUCAAGCCCACCCUUGUAUCUCCGACGCGAUUUUGUUGGCCUCGGUGCCGGGUCGCGUCGCGUCGCGUCUCGGCGGGACGAAGGGGGCACGCGUCCGCGCCCGCUAGAUCAUUAAUGUGUGGCUGUGAACACAUUUCAUUUAGGUACUACGUUUAAGGUUUAAAGAAACGAACCGUACACGGGGUCGGGCGAGGGCGACGCGAUACGCGGAUCUCGAGCAUUCCCUCCUGGCGGGCGGCCGCUCGCGAGUCGUGGACCCCUCGGAGAGGCCCGAGACGCUGCAGCCUGAAUCUCGUACCUUCGCGGGAGAGCCAUACGAGACUCUUGAGUCCCUUCCCGAUCCUCGAUUGUCCCCGAAGGAGGCGACUAUCGUCGCGGUCGACCGGGGUGGCUUCCGUCGGUCCGGAGUAGGGAGGGAAGGAGCGCGUCUCCCGGUCCCUUUUGCGCCGCGUUUGCGUAACCCUCUUUAUUAGAUAUCGUAAUUAUUUAAUACUUGGAGCGAGGGAGAGAGAGAGAGUGAGCCGGCCGCCGAAGGCGCGCUCGGAGAGGAGAGACCCGGGGCCCCGGCUAGGCGAUCUCUACCCGCUCGGCUCGAUAUCGACUGGUGACCCCGUUACUUGGCUCGGUCGCGAGCGAAAGUAAGACCUAAUAAAAAGCCCGCAAACUGGUUUUUCAGGUAUCGCGUUAACGCUAAGAAGCCAGCCGGUGCGCCCGUCCACCUAUGCGCGCCCCCCCGGGCACCGGCGCGCGCUCGCGAGAAAGGGAACGCUUCGACGGCUAGCGCGAGGAACGCGCGUCCCGGAUUUCCUCUCCGGGCUUCCGGCUUCGCGCGACUCGCUUUUACUUCCGGUGCGGCCUUGAUCGACCUCCGGUGGGCCCCCUUUCCCGAGCGCGGGCCGAAUUUCGCCGAGCCUCCCGACCGGUCAGUCGGGAAAAGGCUUUUUCCACCUCGACCGGACCCUGCGAAGCCCGGUCGACGGGAAAUCCAAAGGGCCGAAUCUUCGGCUCCGAGUUCCUUCCGUUUUCAUUGGACACCGCGGUCCCCGGUGGUUGAUCCGAUGGCGGAAUACGAUCCGCGGAGCCGGGGCUCAUCGACGCGGUUUCGUGUCCCCCCAUAAAGCGUGAUUGUCGGCUCGCCUCUACGAUAAGGAUUCCAUCGAUCGCGGUUAAUCUCCCGAGUCCGCGUUACCCUGAAUCGCGGGGGCUACACCGCCCCGGUUGAAGAUAGAAAAAUGGUUCCUCGUUUAUUCAUUUCUCGGGGUUCCUACUUCUUCGGAAAGACCCCCGGUCUAACUUGUAGGGGGGCGCGAGCGGUGCCACCCGGUUCUUUUUGCUUUGUUUGGUUCUUUUUUCUUUUCUUCUUUUCGCGCAGCCAGACUCGAGUUUUUCCGCGUCGUAUUUUUGGGAGUACUCGCAACCCUACCGGGUUUCUUUUCGAGUUUCGUUGAGCCGCCUUUGAUUGAGGAUGGCUUUCGGGUGAAUUCCGAGAUUUGGGUCUUCCUCGCGAGUUCCGUCGAGGCACCCGCCAUUUGACAAACGACCUACAGGGGGUGGCCGGUUCGUUCGAUAAACCCCAUACGUCGAUCGCGUGCGACCGGAACAACGAGACUCCGCUUGUACGUAUCGUCGUCUAUCCGAUGGUUUCGGUAAUUACCGUCGGUUUUGCAAUUUUCCUGCCAUCGGAGUCGGGGCGUUAAGUGGAAUCGAGCGGAAAUGAACAGUCGAAAGGGAGGGUGGAAGAGGAAUCGGCGAUAAAAGUCGCGGAUCCGGCGACAAGGACGGAAAUCCGACAGACGAUAUGUUUGCCAGAACCUCGGGGCGUGAGAAUCGCGGACCUGGGAUGGGGAUUGAUUUUCUUUCGUUGGUCACGGGUCGCGAAUCGCUUUUUCGCGGGUUAAGGUACGCAAAUCUCGAUCAAAUGGGAUAUAUAAACCAGAGAUACGGAGAGGGCGGACGACUGAAAAAUCCUCGCGAGGCGCAGGCGACGACCUUCAGGCUGCACAUUUUUAUUUAGCGAGAAACGAAAGCGUCGCGCGACUUUGUUAUUACUGCAAGAAUAUAUAUAUAUAUAUAUUAUAUAUACUAUAUAUAAAUGUAUAAUUUUAUUAGCUAUUUAAUAAUUAUUGUACGAGAA